AUGGCUGAUUGUUUAUUCUAUAAUACUAAUAGUUUGGUGAUGAUCAAAAGUAAAAAUAUUAAAAUUGAAGAUAAAAAAGAAUUUGAAAUUAAACAAAAAACAAUUGAAUCGUUUAGCUGUGAUGUUUGUUGCAAAAUAUUUAGCUCAAAAAAAACUUUAAUAGUACAUAAAAAAACUCAUAGUGAUGAAAAAUUAUAUUCAUGUGACCAUUGUGAGAAAAAAUUUACGUUUCGAAACAACCUAGUCCGGCAUAAACGAAUUCAUACGGGUGAACAACGUUUUUCGUGCGAUAUUUGUAAUAAAAAGUUUAUCCAUCAAAGUAGCUUACGUUAUCAUAAAAAUGUUCAUACUGGUGAAAAAAAUUUUUCCUGUGAUAUUUGUGGUCAAACAUUUACUCAGCAAGGUAGUUUAGGAAAUCAUUUAUUAAUUCAUACCGGAGAAAAACCAUUUUCAUGCGAUGUUUGUGAUAGAAGAUUUAAUCGACAAAGUAAUUUGGUUGCACACAAGAGAACGCAUAGCGGGGAGAAACCAUAUUCGUGCGAUGUUUGCGACAAAAAAUUUGGAUUUCAAGGCAAUUUAAUAGAACACAAGAUAAGAUUUCACACCAUCGAAAAACCGUUUAAAUGCGAUAUUUGUAAUAAAGCAUUUCCAAUGCAACGGAACCUCGAUGUACAUAAACGAAUUCAUACUGGAGAAAGAUCAUAUUCAUGUGAUAUCUGUGAUAAAACAUUUACGCAACAAAGCAGUUUAACUAGACAUAAACGAAUUCAUACUGGAAGAAAAUAUUUCUCAUGUCAUGUUUGUGGGAAAACAUUUAAUCGACAAAGUAAUUUAAUGGUGCAUAUUAGGAUUCAUAGUGGAGAAAAACCGUAUUCAUGUGAUGUUUGUGACAAAGCAUUUACGUUUCAAAGUAAUUUGGUGGAUCAUAAACGAACUCAUACUGGAGAAAGACCGUAUUCAUGUGAUAUAUGUGAGAAAAAAUUUACAUGUAAAACCACUUUAGUUAAACAUAAACGUGUUCACACAAGAAAACAAACUGAUUUUAUCCAUCAAAGUAGUCAUCAUAUUGGAGAAAAUAAUUCUUUUGAAAAAUCAAUUAUUCAACAAAACAAUUUAAAUAAAAUUGGAGUAAAACUAUUUUCAUGUAAUAUUUGUGGAAGGAUAUUUAAUCGACGAAAUAAUUUAGUUGCACAUAAACGAAUUCAUAGUGGAGAAAAACCAUUCUCAUGUGAUGUAUGCGAUAAAAAAUUUACAUUUCAAGGUAAUUUAGUCGAGCAUAAACGAACACAUACAGGUGAAAAACUAUUUAAAUGUGAUGUUUGUAAUAAGGCGUUUACUCAACAAAGUACGUUGGGAAAUCAUAAACGAAUUCAUACGAAACAAGGACCAUAUUCACGUGAUGUUUGUGAUAAAACUGUUCAAUCUAAUUUCUAUGAACACAAGCAAUUGGAUAAUAUAGAAAAUUCUUUUUCAAAUGGAAAUGAUAAUUUACAAGAUCACACACAUACACUAGAAAGUUCAUUUAUUCAUGAUGAAACAUAUACCAAUCACGAUACUUCAUUGAAUCAUACAGAAGAUAAACCACUUUCAAGCGAUGUUUGUAAUGUAAUUUUUACCGCUGUUAAUCAUUUAUUCGAUCAUACAACAAAAAAUCGAUUUCCAAAAGAAGAAACAUUAAAAUUAAACAAUUAUGUAAUAGAAAAACCAUUCUCAAGCGAUAAAGCAUUUCAAAUUGACAAUCCUGUAGGGGAAAAACGUUUUUCAAGUGAUGAAAUAUUAAAUAACAGCAAUUCUGAAGUCGAAGAAUCUUUUUUAAAUGAUAAAACAUAUAAAACCGAAAAUUUUUCAACAAAAAAACCAUCUUCAAGUGAUCAAUCAUUUCAAAUUGACAAUCCUGUGACAAAAAAACCUUCAAAUGAUGAAAAAUUUCCGACCGAAAAUUAUACAAUAGAAAAAUCAUAUUCGUGUGAUCUAUGUGGUAAAACAUUUACUCAAUCAAGCAAUUUAACGAGACAUAAACGAAUUCACACCGGAGAGAAAGUCUUUUCAUGUCAUGUUUGUGGGAAAACAUUUAAUCGUUUACAUAACUUAAUGGUGCAUAUUAGGAUUCAUAGUGGAGAAAAACCAUAUUCUUGUGAUGUUUGUGACAGAACAUUUACUUGUAAAACCACUUCUGUUAGACAUAGGCGAACUCACUCUAGAGAAAAAAGUAUUUCUAAUGCUUCUGAUGAGUCGUUUUCAAAGGCUAUGCGAAAAAAUUCAUGCGAUGUUUGUAAUAAAACAUUUACUUUGAAGAGUAGCUUAAUUAAACACAAAUUAAAACAUGGCCAUGAAGAUUUAUCUCAACAAAUUUUAACCACGCAGAUCAAUACAGACAAUUACAAAGCAAUUCCUACGAAAAAAUUAUUACAUUCAUGUGAUGAAUGUGGCAAAAAAUUUACUUUAAAAAAUAGUUUAGUAAGGCAUAAACGAAUUCAUGCAGGAAUCAAACUCUUCUCAUGUGAAGUUUGUGAUAAAAAAUUUAUCCAUCGAACCAGUUUACACUAUCAUAAAAGUGUUCAUACUGGAGAAAAGCCGUUCUCAUGUGAUGUUUGUGGUAAAACAUUUACACAACAGAGUAGUUUAGGUAAUCACAAACGAAUUCAUACAGGAGAAAAACCAUUCUCGUGUGAUGUUUGUGGUAAGAAAUUCAAUCGAUCGAGUAAUUUAGUUGCACAUAAAAGAACACAUACUGGAGAAAAACCUCAUUCGUGUGAUGUCUGUGAUAAAAAAUUUACAUUUCAAGGUAAUCUAAUUGAACAUAAACGAAUACAUACCGGUGAAAAACUUUUUACCUGUGGAAUUUGUGAUAAAACUUUUACUCAUCAAAGCAGUUUAGCUGGCCAUAAAAGAAUUCAUAUCGAAGAAAAAUCCAAUCAUAUAUCAAUAUACCAAUCAUGACGCUUCACUGAAUCAUACAGAAGAUAAACCAUUUCGAAGCGAUGUUUUUAAUGACACUUUUACCGCUGUUAACCAU